GACGUCUCAUUACCCAUCAGCACUGUGGUGUUUGGUUAUUUGCUGCUUGUGUACAGCAACGAGAGCACUUGGUGAAUUUAUCACUGGUGUGGAGAUCCAGUCGUCACCAUGGGUGAAAGAAAAGGAACAAACAAAUACUACCCUCCAGAUUUUGAUCCAGCCAAGCAUGGAUCCCUCAAUGGCUACCAUAAAACUCACGCUCUGCGGGAGAGGGCCAGGAAACUGUCCCAGGGCAUCCUCAUCAUCAGGUUUGAGAUGCCCUACAAUAUCUGGUGUGAUGGCUGCAAAAAUCACAUCGGCAUGGGGGUCCGUUACAAUGCUGAGAAGAAGAAAGUGGGGAACUACUACUCCACGCCAAUCUACAGGUUUAGGAUGAAGUGCCAUCUGUGUGUCAACUACAUCGAGAUGCAAACAGAUCCGGCGACCUGUGACUAUGUAAUCGUAAGCGGGGCGAGCAGGAAGGAGGAACGCUGGGACAUGGCUGAAAAUGAGCAGAUUCUCACCACAGAGCGGACAGAGAAGGAGAAACUGGAGACGGAUGCCAUGUUUAAACUUGACCACGGUGGGAAAGACAAGGAGAAGCUUAAGAAGGCUCUGCCCUCUCUGUCAGAGAUCCAAGACCACCAGUCUGGCUGGAAGGACGACUUUCAGCUCAACAGCACCCUCCGCAGGAAAUUCAGGACGGAGAAGAAAGUUCUGGCCGAGCAGGAGGAGAAGGACAACGUGGUGAGGAUGAGGACCAAUCUGUCCAUCCCGUUGUUGCCAGAGAAGGAGGAGGACAAGAGACUGGCAGCACUGCUCACAUACCAGGCACCCGACUCCUAUGAGGACAAGCAGCACAGCAAGCGGAAAGAGAUUGCCUCUCGUUCGUGGUUCAACACCACCUCAUCCACACCGGGAGGCGCUGCAGGCAGUCUCCUCCACAAGCUUGGCCUGCAGGGGAAAGAAGCAGCAGUGGCCAAAGCCCUGAGCUCCUCGCACAGCCCCCUGAUCCGCAAACGCUCAGGAGGACCGGGAGUGAAGAGCGAACCCUGCGCCACUGUCACUCGCAGAGAGUCGCACCCUGAAAUCAACACACAUAAUGGAGAUGUCACUCAGGGAAAGGAAGCCCCGUGUAUAACACAGGUGGGGCUGGAGGUAAAAGGGACAAAUGGCAGUGCGUCCAGAGAGACGCAUGCUGAAACCACAGAGGGAGCAGAGGAAGGACUGACAAAGGACUCUGGGAAGGAGAAGGAACAGUAUAGAAGUUUAGGAGGGCUCGCAUCCCUGGUGGCGGACUACAGCGACUCAGAUUCAGACCCAGGACAGUGACACUGAUUAAUACGAUGAAUGGAAUCAUUUCUGUUUUCAGUGAGUGGAAGGCUGUGUGUCAUUUUAUGAGAGUGAAACACAAACUGCAGAUGUUUGCUGUAACGUGUGCUGUUUUUCACUUGUUGGAAACACAGUUGUUCUGCUGUCUGCUCACCAUGGAAGUAUUUUAUUUGAAAUAAGAUUUUGAUUUAAAGCUCGGUGGCCUGCAGGUGCAUUAUCAUAAAUGUGUUUUAGGAUGAUAGCUUGACUUCUAAAUGUGUCAAAAUAUUUUAAGUGUUGUAUGCGACCUGGUAAUAAGGCCUCUGUGCAGACACUACAAACCCAGUUAGGAAUAUUUAUAGUUUUUUAAAUUUCAGGCACCUUGCAAAAUUAAAUGUAAAAUACUGUGUAAAGUUAAA